UUCACACUGUGCCUUCCUUCAUAAUAAAUAAAUUUCACAGAAAUGUCAACAAGUUUAGCUUCAUUGGCAGACAGCUGCCCACCUCUGUCUUGUGAUACUUUUGUUGUGCUGCCACCCAACAGUUUAGAUAACUGUGUCAUAUUUGGUAAGAAUUCUGACAGACCAUCUGAAGAGGUACAGGAAGUACUUUAUAUUGCUGGUUGUGAUCAUCCAAGAAAUAGUAAAGUACAAUGUACCUAUACCAAAGUCGAUCAGGCAGCAAGAACUUAUUCAAUUAUCAUAGCAAAACCAUCUUGGAUGUGGGGAGCUGAGAGUGGAUCAAAUGAAAAUGGCGUCUGUAUUGGUAAUGAAGCUGUGUUCUCUAAGAUGCUCAGCCAACAAGAGAAUGAGGAAAAGCUACUUGGUUGUGAUAUCGUUAGGUUGGCUCUUGAACGCAGCGCAACAGCAAAAGAAGCUAAAGACAUCAUCAUCAAGCUAUUAGAAACAGUUGGAGUGGGAGGCCGGGUAUCGGAUGAACCGCUUCUGUCCUACCUGAAGUAUGACAACAGCUUCUUAAUCAGUGACAAAACAGAAGCUUGGAUUGUAGAAACUGCUGGACAAUUUUGGGCAACGCAGAGAGUGACUUCUGGCUUGAGAAACCUAUCCAACAUUCUGACCAUUGGAACCGACUAUGAUGAGCUGGCCGAAGGGACCAAAGAACAUGCUGAGAAAUACGGCUGGUGGGAUCCGGCUGAAGGAGAGUUCCACUUUGCUAAAAGCUUUUGCCAGACUUAUUCGGAAGUGGAGAAAAUGGACAAAUUCACACACAGCAGAUAUGCUAGUGGACGUGAAAUGUUGGAAGAGUUUUCUAAAGAUAAACGAUUCUGUGUUGCUGAUAUGAUCAGCAUUCUAAAAGACGAACCGAGUGGGAUUAAUAUGAAAGGAGUAUUUCGUACAAUGAGCUCACACGUUUCCUUUAUCCGUCCACCUGGCUCACCAUUAGCUUCUUGCCAUUGGCUAACUGGAACACCUGAUCCUGUUUUCUCUAUAUUUAAACCCUUUGUUUUCACCGAUGGGGCUAAUAUUGGUGCAAGCACAAAAUCCCCAAAUUUUGGUUCUGAAGAUCCAGCUAAAUGUAUCCCAAGGUUUCGUCGGAGAGUUGAUCGCAGCACACCUUUGUUUGAGGAACAUGAACGUGUGUAUCUAAGUUGUGGCACGAAAGGUCGGGAAUCAGAUAAGUGGCUUAAGGAGAUGAACACACUGCAAGCCGGCAUUAUUCGAGAAACAGAAGAUUUUAUCAAUGACCCGGAGAAGCUUCAAUUAAAUAAAGGUACCAAAAAGACACUUUUCAGAAUGGCUGUCCACAAAGAAAUGGUACUUUAUAGCAAAAGAUCUACACUACAAUCUGAAAUCUACUUCCACGAUGAUGCUAGCCCACGUCCUUUGAGUUUUUCAUGUGGAAACUCAUGCAGUUCCCCUGUUUCGUGUGGCACCGGCUGUUUUCCACUUUCCCUGAAUUUAAAUUCUUCAACUAAGAAGAAAAAACAAUAACAAGAAUUUUUUUAGUUAAAGGGAAGUUUCUUAUACAUCAAUACUUUCCACAUACACACAUACAUAUAUUAUAUAUACAUAUAUAUAUGCAUGAAUAUAUA